GAAUUCUGGUAGCUUAUACUACAACUAUAAGGUGCAGUUUGCGUCAGUACUUUUUAUGAGCUGUAUUUCUCACUGCAUUUAUGAUUUGUUGUCAUUACAGGGUACAUACUCUAUCGUACUAAUGGCUGUUGUGGACAGUGACUUGAAGUUCGUUGCUGUAGACGUCGGUGCCUACGGACGACAGAGUGAUGGAGGUACCCUAAGUGCCUCUCGGUUCGGUAAAUGUCUCGAAAAUGGCCUCCUCGGCCUGCCACCACCAAAGCGGCUUCCAAACUCGACAGUAAUCGCACCAUAUGUGUUCUUGGGGGACGAAGCGUUCCACCUACGCCCCGACUUUUUGAGACCAUACCCGGGAAAGCACCAGGACGAUGACAAACGAAUAUUCAACUAUCGGCUCAGCCGUGCAAGGAGGUGCGCCGAAAACGCUUUUGGCGUGUUGGCAUCAAGGUUUCGGAUAUUCCGAAGAACCAUCAACUUGCUACCAGAACACGCAGACUACGUCGUCAUGGCAACUUGCGCACUACACAACUACUUGCGGGACGACUCCGUCUACAUUCCUCCUAGCUACGUUGACAAAGAGGACGCCUAUGGCAACAACACGAACGGCAACUGGCGAUCGACAUUCAAAGACGACGAAACAGUUAUGACGGACCUGGAGCCUCCGGUGGGGCACAAUUACAGCGGUUCCGCACGUGAAGCGUGGGACCUCUUCUGCUCCUACUUUAUGAGCAGGCAAGGGGCCGUACCUUGGCAGCGGACCUCUGCUGGGCUACGUCCUUGAACGGAAGCGCACCUUGUGCUGCGAGCACUUGCAAACUUUUGCAUACAUUGCAUGGUAGACACCAUCCAGACGAAUAAACAAGCAAAAGGUGUGA